GUUCUAGAUAAAUUUUGUGUCUAGGCUUGUAUUCUAUGCGCGGGUUAUGAAAUCUUCGAAGAAUGGGUGGCUUAACUAUAAGGAAAUCAGGAUGCAUAUCACCAAAAUUUAUACGCUUGCCCAGUGGAAAAUUGUUUGAUUGUGGUCGCAAAGUGCUGGUACAUAAUAUCACAGAUUUGCAGUAUGUAUGCUCUCGCUUAAAUAUCUCCGAAGAUCAGAAGUUUUUCAUUCUUACUGAAUAUAACGGUGAAAAAUGCCUCGUUCCUAUUUUUUACCCCCAUCACCCUAAUAGUCUUCAUAACAGAACUUCAAAACUUUUAAUCGCAUAUUAUUUAUGCGAACAGUUCCAUCUCAAAUGUAUUCAGCUAGACAACCCACAGGAUCUUGCUGAUAUCAAGUUGGUCAGUGAUGUCGUCAUUGCAAAUAAGAAUCAGCUAAAUACCAGUGAAGAAGACUCAAAAGCACUAGAAGAGCUUUUAAAUUCUGAAGAAUUGUUCACACGACUGUUAAGUGUGCUUUUGAGUAUUCCUGAGCUUACUACUCAAUGGGUACAUGUGAAAGAUCAGAAAGGACAAUUAUACCAGAUUGGAAUUAAUAGAGAUGGAUUAAUUAUUCAUCAAGAAUUUGUUGAGUCUUUAUCAACACGUUUCAGUUGGCAAGAUUUGGGCAAUGCUAUUGCUAAUCGUUCAAUUGUAACACUUCCAAUAUCCAUGAAUUCAGAAAACGCAGAAAAAUUAAUGGAUUUUAUUGAUAUAAAGAGUAGCACUAAAAUGAAAAGUGCGUCAAAUAUGGUUAAUCUAAAGGAUGAUAGAAAUAAUUCACAGUCUAUCGAAAAUGAUAAAAACACUUCACAACAAUAUAUUCUUAAAUUUCGAUUAUCUGAUGCCAAAAUCGCUCAACGAUUAGCUUUACAAUUAUACACAAUAUGCAAUAGAGUGAUAAAAGAGUCAAAUAAUAAUACAAGGAUACAAUGCAAUGAUGUCGAGAAAGAGGACGACGAAAGCACUACUUCCGGUAUGCUGACACGAUUUAAUCGACAAUUUCGUGAUACAUUUAGAUGUUUUUCAAGACCAUUUAAUAUGAAAUCGAAAUUACCUAAACGUAAACCGUGUUCAACACUACUAGAUCCAAAUACAACUACACAAGAUGUUGAUAAUAAUAAUAUUGAGGCAACUAUAACUGUUCAGCCAUCUUCUGUAUCUGAUCAUACUCUGCUAACUUAUAGCAAUGUAUUACCGAUGUCGACUACUGGCAUACCUACUACCAGUGUUGCUUUUGUUACAAGUAGUAUUAGUAGUAACAGUUGUUGUAUAACAGUGAAAUCUUCAGUUCAUGAUAAUGCUGAUGAUGAAAAUCUUAAAAAAUGUUCAUAUUCUCCUAUGUAUUCAUCUGUUCAAAUAAACUCACCUACAAUUAUUACUACUAAUCAAUCAUCUAUCACAGCUACUACACAUACAACAUUUAUAUCAAAUUCCAAAUUGAGUCAGCAAAACAUUAUCACGACGAAUUAUGAAAAAAUACCAGUAGUUGUGGAACCAAUUGAAGUAGCUGCUGGUGAAGCACAAGCAGAAUUAAAUGAACGUGAUAAACAAGUUUUACAUUCAUUACUGAUGAAUAAAUCUUCAACGAUUGUUUCCUCUGUACCUGUUAACAAUUUCUCGUACACCAUCGCUAAUACUUCAAUGAUGACAACGACAGCACCCAUGAAAUCCAUUUCAAAUGAAUUAUCUUCACCUCAGUUAUCGUCAUUCAAUAAUUUAUCAUCUGUUGCUAUGAAUAAAUCAAAUUCAACAUUUCAUAAAGAACCGUUAAACAUCAGCCCCAUGAUAAAUACUACGAUAACAACAUCAGGGGCAACAACAACUAUCAAUGAAGAUAAUUUGUCAAAACAAUAUACAAAUGAAAGUAUCUUUUCAUCAUCGGCAAUUCCAACAAAUGGUAAUCUUGCUACAUUUUCACAUUCAUCAUCUUCAGUACAUACUGAAAUGUCAGGACAGAAAAAUUUUAUCCCAUCAGCCAUUAAUUCUAAUGUUACUAAUACACACUUUGUACAAUCGAAAUUGGAUACAAUCGUUGUAGAAAAAAAGAUUUCUGAUGAUGAAAAUUUGAAUCCUCAGGCUACUUCAGAGCAUGUUAGUUGUGUCACUGGAUCAUCUAUAAAACCUGUUAUAGCACACUCUGUCAGUGUGGUUUCUGCUAAAAACAAUGUUGCUUCAUCAGUUGAUGUCAAUAAUAAUAAUUAUAACAUCCCAGAUUUCCAAAAUGUCAAUUCAUAUAACGGUCAUAAUGUCAAGUCUACAGUUAGUCACGCCACAAGUUUAUACGCUCCACAACCAUAUACAACAGUUAAAUCCGAUACGAAUAAUAAUAUUUCAAAUGAUAUAAAGCCAACUUUAAACGGUUUCAAACAUGUAAUGGAAGAUGAUUCUCGCAAGAUUGCUCAUACUACUUCACCUUCAACUAUAUUAACUUCUGAUUCAUUCCAAUCGCGUAUUAAACCACCUUCGUUUACUGUAAAAACAUCAGAUUUAAACAAAAUAAGCACUACAAAAGUGACUUCUACUACCGUUAAAGUCGAUGAAUCUUUCAGUUCCAACCAUGUAACAUAUAAUAAUAAUGAUAAUAACACAAUGUCCAAUUCAUUUCAUACUCCAGAAAGUAUAAAAAAUCAUAAUAAAAUAGAUUCUCCCGAAAAGAACAAUACACCGAGUACACCACCCGUCGUAUGCUCCGCGUCAGUUAGUGUAACUGGAAUUCGUCCACCAAGUGGUAUUAAAGCUCCAUCUAUUACCCCAGAUAAAAUGAAGUCUAGAAUUACUACUAACGGACAUACCAAUCCUAGUGCCACCGACACAUCAGUUAUGUCUACACAUGAUGAUGAUAUGACACAUAACAAAAAACAAAUUCCUACAAGCGUUGAACCAACCUGCGAAUUGAUAAAAAGACAAGAAUCAAUUACAGAGGAUAGUUUAGAACAUCCUAGUGGUUUACCUAGACCUCUAGGAAUUUCACCUUCUUCAUCUCAUGGUAAAGUUCAAUCUAAGCUUCGACCUUUAUCAGGAAAUUCACCGAUCGCCAAUUCUGGUAUACCUGCACCGUCUAUAAUGCCACCCCUUGUUAGUGGACAAUCUCAUAUGCCUGUACCGAUGAAUAAUACUUCUAUCCCUCUGCCUAGUGGAAUAAAACCACCAUCUCGUUCACCAAAGUCUGCAUUAGCUAAGUGAUAACAAUAUUUAAUUAUAAUUAUCUGACAUAUAACAUUCAAUGAUCCAGAAAAGAAUCAAGUAAUAGAAAGUCUUCUAAACAAAAUUGGUUACCAGAUACAUUUCAAUUUAUCUUGUUUUUCCUUUUAUUUAGUUAUCAUUCUUCUUUCUGAACAACUCUCUUUAAGCAAAAUUCCAGUGUUGUUUAUUUAUUCCCUAAUUCUUCUGAUCUUUCUUUAGUCCUUCCUUUUUAAUAACGAUAAUAUUUAUCAAAUGAUUUUUCUAAUGGUAUACACAUUGUGUGUUUUUUUUCGUUUCUUUAACUGUUUAUUAUUCCGUUUUCUGUUAUUCCGUUUGUUUAUUGUCCUUCUCUCUUUUUUUUCUUUAACUUGAUCAUUUUAUUAAAGACAAAUAUUGAUUUGAAGUUUAUAUCAAUAUCCCCUUACAGAUAUUUAAUGUGCACUAAAGGAAAUUAUUUUCAGUCAAAAUGUUGGACUAUUUAUACAUUAACAUGAAACAGAGAAAAUGGCUUCCUAGUUGAACAAUGAAGUCAUUUCAUAUCGUGUCUAUGAAAAAUUAUUUUACAGAAUAUAACCACUAUAAUAGUACUACUGCACAUUUCGAGUAUUUCUCAGAAUUAAAACAUUGAUUUAGCCUUUUUUCAGUUCACUUUCUCUUGUGGACCAGAAUAUUUUCAUUAAACCUUAUUACUUAUUCGUAUAUACAGAUUUCUAAAUGUUUACUUCUUUGUUUGUGCGGCGAAUGUGCUUUCUUUCGUUAUGCAGCGGUUGUAUAGACAUCUUUUUGAUUUUGAAAAUACAUUAAUCUUCUCUAAAGGUGUGUGUGCUCUGGAUUCCUCCUUUUACAAAAGAAUUUCGGAUAAACUAUUGAUCACUGGACGAACUUUUUUUUGCUUUUCUGUUCUUACUAAUCAAUUUAUCAAGUUUGACUACUUCUAUUCUGAAACAUAUAAGAUAAUUUUAUGCCUUCGAAUCCUAAUACCUAUUUUAGAUGUUUACAUUUUAAUUUUAAAAGCAAAUAAACUUGAUCAGUAUUCUUUUAUUUUGUUUGUUUCACACUAACAAACUCGAAAACUUUUUCGACGGUACCAUUUUUUAUUUGUCAUCGAAAUCCGUUGCAAAUUGCUUUUUUUUUCUUGCAGCUUCCUUUGUCAGUGUCAUCUGACCGCUACUGAUCACGCUUCAAUUUCGAACUGUAUUCCCUUUUUUCCUUACGACAUAUGUUUACCAGAGAUUGUGUUCUUUUCUGUUUCUCUAAGUGAGCUUAUGGGAAUUCGAUUUACAAACAGAUUUAACAAAACAAUAGGAUGAUUUUUUUCACAUUCUAUCAGUGAUUCAUUUUCUGUUUAAAAAGUAUUAUUGACUGAAAUUUUUUUUAGCUCCUAUGAGUCCACAAAUUGUGCACUAUGAAUAAAACAUAUAUUCAUUGAAGUUGGUUUAUUGUCCAAAUAUAUGAAUUAAAUGAUACUAUAUUAACAUGUUUCUAUUUAACCAUAAUUUUUGACAAAAUUCCGUAAUUGAUUAACUCCGUCCAUUGAUAUCUGAUUGUACCUAUUACAGAUGAAAGAAAGGUUAGCUACAAAAGCUACAGAACUGCGAAUAAUAUUUAAAAUUCAUUCGUUGAGAUUUUUCAAAUAUAUAUUCUUCCUCUUUAAUGAAUCACAUUAACUCGGCGCCCAAAUAUUGUGAAACUAUUCGUUCAAAUUUAAACGAAAGUUCUUAUUCAUAAUACGUUUGAAUGUUUGGUGCUGAAUAACUGAAAAAUGUAGCCUGUUUGAUUGACUAUUAUUAGCUGAUAUAUAUGUAUCUAUGUCGUUUAAUUCUAUGAAUAUCUGAAGCUUCACUCUUAUAAAGCUAUUCACGUGUUCCGCUGUAAUGUAACCUCUCAUGGGAACUUGUUUCUUGACAAAAAUAUAUGCCUGUGACCUAAUGGCGAUAUCCAGGCAAUUCACACUGGAUGCAUAUAUGCUAAAAGAGACUAAAUUCCUGUCCUAAACAUCAAAAGGAGGAUUCAAACAAUCAGCACAAAUAAAUUAAGAGUUCACCCGAUUGAACAAGCUAGUGGCUAUCUGAACUAAUAAGCUAAGUCGAUAACGUGAUGGAGUUUGAAGCGAACGUCACCGAUUCUGGGUUCUGGUGUGAACACAAACUCAGAUUCAGGCAUACCAAGCUGAUGAAGAUUCCACUGCUAGCGACCAUCUAAAUCCGCUUAUAAAAUUAAAUGUAGUUGCUAAGGCUUUUAGAUCUUUGUUAAUCUAAGACAGUUGACUUCUAAGAUAAAUGUCCAGUGGAUUUAACCAAAGCUGGAAAGUUUGAAGGUCCUCUAACCCUUUCCUAUAACUUUCAGUCGGAGUGAACCUGCCAUUUAGCGAAAAAACGUUUUCUGUAUUUAAAAAAAUCCAGGUUUUUCAUGGCGGUCCAGCUUUAAUUUACUCAUGAUUUCAGCUAUUAAAAUGAGUAUAAUAGCCACAAAACCCCUUCUAAUAUAAUUCUUCAUAAUUUUUGUGAAUCAACACUUUUAACCAUAAUGAAUGCAGUUCUUGAAUAUGCUGAUCGCAUUUCUACUUUUUAAAAAUCUUAUCAACAUUGAUGAAGAGUUGUCUGAUAAAAUAACAACAGAAACACAAACAACAACCUUGUAUGACCAACUUGUGUUAUGAGCACUCAAAUGUAACAACCCUAAUUUACUACUGUAAUAUUUACCAAACGAAAGUGCGAAAUUCGACUCAGUUACAUAAACGCAAUCAUGAAUCCUUGGCAAAUUAUUAUUUUUCUUAACAAAGUCUUUGUUACAUUUAUCACUUUAUAGUCUAUAAAGAUGAGAAUUAUUCCCUAAACUUGAGCAUAAAAGCUCAGUUUAACCCUCAUGGUCACAAUAAAUGAUUAGUAACAUGUUAUUAGUGGGAGAGCUUUAUCGAUUAUUGUGAAAAAGUCAAGUGAAUUAUCUAUUAAAUGGUAUAAACCGUCUAUAGCAAUGAAUUAUAACAUAGGUUGAUUAGCAGAUAAAUUCAAUGAUCUGUUCUAACACUCAGUUAAGAAUAUUUUUUAAAUGUUCAGAAACAUCUUGUAUCUUUAAAAACAUUAUUGUUUGAGAUCAUCUUAAAUUUCUGGAAUCAAAUAUAUAUUAUCGCAUUAUAUAACUGUUAUAACUUGUGACUGCCAAUGAGAGAGCAGUGAAUUGUCGACCGAACCAAGGUCGCGUGAACACGUACGAGCAGCCUAGAGUCCUGAUUGAUCCUGCUUUCCGCCUAGCCCAGCCAGUUAAGUCCAGAACGCCAAUCUCAGCCUCUGCAAUAUGAAUCAUUAUAUUCCAAACAUGCUGAGUUUAUAUACCAAUCAAACAGACUACAACGCAGCGUAAAAUAGAAAACAACAUUUGUACAAAAUGUGGUUGUGAAUGUGGGAGGUAGUGACUAAUAUACAGGGCAUAAUUCAAGAAUGGUAAAACCUAUACUAAUAGUUCAUAA